CCUGCAGGGCCUGCGCUCUCGGUCCUACUGAAGCCACUGUCCGCAACGCUCCGGUCAUGGGCGCCGCCGGCUCGUCGAUGCUGGCCCGCUUCGUGCCUCUCUUGUCGCAUCGCCCUGCGCAGGCCAGGGCCGUCUGGCUUGGGGGGGCCGCGCUGGGACUGGCGGCGGUGGCUCUGGGGACGGUCGUCUGGCGCCGCACGAGGUCCAGGCGGCGGAGGCGGCUGCAGCAGGUGGGCACCGUGACGAAGCUCUGGAUCUACCCGGUCAAGUCCUGCAAGGGGGUGCCCGUGAGCGAGGCCGAGUGCACCGCCAUGGGGCUGCGCAGCGGCAACCUGCGGGACAGGUUUUGGCUGGUGAUUAAGGAAGAUGGACACAUGGUCACCGCCCGGCAGGAGCCCCGCCUUGUGCUGGUCUCCGUCACCUAUGAGAACGACCGGCUGACCUUCAAGGCCCCGGGUGUGGAGCAGCUGGUGCUGCAGAGCAAGCUGCCUUCCUCCAACAGGAUCCACGACUGCAGGAUUUUUGGUCUGGACAUUAAGGGCCGCGACUGUGGCGACGAGGCCGCUCAGUGGUUCACCAACUAUUUGAAAACGGACUCGUUCAGACUGGUUCAGUUUGAAAAGAGCAUGAAGGGAAGGACCUCAAAGAACCUUUUGCCGUUUUUUGCGCAGAGUUACCAGGUGGCCUACCCCGACUGCAGCCCGCUCUUGAUGAUCUCGGAGGCCUCCCUGGCAGAUCUGAACACCAGGCUGGAGAAGAAGCUGAAGAUGGACCAGUUCAGGCCAAAUAUCGUGGUGACAGGCUGUGAUGCUUUUGAGGAGGAUACCUGGGAUGAAAUCCUCAUUGGCAAUGUAGAAAUGAAAAGGGUCAUGGCGUGCCCCAGGUGCAUUUUUACCACAGUGGACCCAGACACUGGAGUGAUAGACAGGAAGGAGCCGCUGGAGACCCUGAAGAGCUACCGCCUGUGUGAUCCUUCCGAGAGGGAAAUAUACAAGGCGUCCCCACUUUUUGGGAUCUAUUACUCGGUGGAAAAAAUUGGAAGCCUGAAAGUCGGGGACCCCGUGUAUCGGAUGGUGUAGCGAUGGACUCACAAGCUUGACAUGGUUUCAGGAUCCAGGAGACAUUGCUCUGGAUUUUAACUUCAACAGCAGCACUGCCUCGGCGGGUCCCUACCAGCCACCCUCCGACCAUCUUCGCCCUGGAACUGAAGCUCUGUCCUGACUUGUUGGGAUUACGCACGCUUCAGGUUAACGCAAGCAAAGUAUUAGAGGUGACUUGGGAAUAAGAAGGUUAUGUAGAUUUUAGGUAAGGAAGACUUUUUAAAUAAGUGAAAUUGUCCGACAAUUAUUUUGAUUGUUACAGUAGCUCUCACACUUCUGACAUUAAUAUUGAUGAGUUAAGAAAGUGCAAAGAAUCUGCUCAAAAGCUGCAAAAUUUUUUUCUAAAUGUUUACAUUUUAUUCCCUACCAUUCCGUGUUUUAGGCAAAAUGAGAGACACCUGGUGUCCUGCCCUGCCUUUAUAUGUGAGCACACAAGGUUCUGUUAGUUGGUUUUUACAUGACUACUGAAUCCCGUUGACUUUCUGCUCAUGUGAUUUCGACCCAGCCCUCAUGGAAUCAGGUUGUACUCGAGGAUGGCAAUUAUUUUAUAGAUCUCAUUUUUAUAGCCGAUAAUGCCACUUUUCAGCCAUAUAAAAGUGAUUGGGUGUGAUUGCCAGAUACACCCCCUGGGAUUCCAGGUAUGAUAAAAAAAAAAAGAGAGAGGAUGGAAUUUAGAGAGUCGAGUGGGAAGGAGGAAGGUGGCACAUA